GGCAGUCUAAAACAGGAAGUGCUAAUCUCAAGGGUUGUUUUUUUUUUUUUUUGGCCUUCCGCUCGUCCGCAGCGUCUCAAGCGGUCGGGCUGUAGACGUGGUGUGUUUACGUUCAGUGAAACCUCAAGACCAAAACAAAACAACACUCCCAGCUCCAGUCGCGGCGUGUGAGAGUACAGGAAUGCCUGCCGGUGUGUGUGGAUGUUGUGGGCGGUGUCGUCCCCGCUACAAGCGCUUGGUGGAUAACAUUUUCCCGGAGGACCCAAAGGAUGGCUUGGUGAAGUCAGAUAUGGAGAAGUUGACGUUCUUUGCUGUAUCUGCUCCAGAGAAGCUCGACCGUAUAGGAGAGUAUCUUGCCGAACGCCUCAGCAGGGAUGUGGUCCGACACCGCUAUGGGUAUGUGGUGAUUGCAAUGGAAGCGCUGGACCAGUUGCUUAUGGCAUGUCACUCACAGAGCAUUAAACCCUUUGUGGAGAGCUUUUUGCACAUGGUGGCAAAGCUGCUGGAAUCCAAGGAGCCAGACCUGCAAGUGCUUGGGACCAACUCUUUUGUGAAGUUUGCUAACAUUGAGGAGGACACACCUUCAUAUCAUCGGCGCUAUGAUUUCUUCGUCUCCCAGUUCAGUGCCAUGUGCCACUCCACACAUGAAGACCCAGAGACUCGGACCAGGAUUCGUGUAGCAGGAAUCAAAGGGCUGCAGGGAGUCGUAAGGAAGACUGUGAAUGAUGAAUUGCAGGCAAUCAUCUGGGAACCUCAGCACAUGGACAAACUCAUUCCCUCUAUGCUGUUCAACAUGCAGGAAAAUGACGAACUAGACAGGGGUGGAGGAGACGAGAACCCCGCAUCCCUAGCUGAGAAUUGCUUUCGCGAGUUGCUUGGCCGUGCUGCAUAUGGAAACAUGAACAACGCUGUUCGGCCUGUGCUCGUGCAUUUGGAUAAUCAUCAUUUAUGGGAUCCAAAUGAGUUUGCAGUAUCCUGCUUCAAAAUCAUAAUGUACUCCAUACAGGCUCAGCACUCACAUCAUGUGAUCCAGCAGGUUCUGAACCACCUGGACACACACAGUAAGAAUACACCACGGGUCCGAGCAGGUAUCGUCCAGGUGCUACUGGAGACUGUCGCCAUAGCAGCCAAAGGCUCCGUUGGCCCGACAGUGUUAGAGGUUUUUAACACCUUGCUCAAGCACCUCCGUAUGAGCGUUGAUUUCGAGCUGGGUGAUGGUUCUCGCAGAAACUCUGCAACGAGUCUGUCUUCUGCUCGUGGCAAAGAGAGCGAGGAGCGCAUCGUCCAGAAUGCAAUCAUUCAGACUAUUGGGUUCUUUGGAGGCAAUCUACCAGAUUAUCAACGUGCUGAAGUUAUGAUGUUCAUUAUGGGGAAAGUUCCAGUGUAUGGGACACCUUGUCAUUCUCUGGACACUGUCAAAAUUGGGCCCCAGGGUACUAAGAGGAUUCAAACCAUGCUCCUCAGUUCUCUCAUAAUGGUGACAUCUGGUUUUAAGUGUAAAACAAUGAGUGCAGGUUUACCGGCUGCAUUUCUGGAGCCACUCUGCUCCAUCUCUCUGAUGGAAGACAGCGAGCUGCGGCAACUAGUCCUUGAGAUCCUACACAACAUCAUUGAUCGUCACGACAACAGAGCUAAACUCCGUGGCAUCCGAAUAAUUCCUAAUGUUGCAGCUCUGAAAAUAAAGCGAGAGAAGAUCUCCAAACAGGAUGUCAUUUUCAUGAAAAAGCAUGGGCAGCAGCUGUACAGGCAUAUCUAUCUGGGUUGUAAGGAGGAGGACAAUAUGCAGAAAAAUUUUGAGCUGCUUUUCACUGCUCUUGCUCUGCUCACCAUAGAGCUAGCUAAUGAGGAUGUGGUCAUAGACCUUAUACGCCUCUCCCUUGCACUGCAGGAUAUGGCUCUAGAUAAUGAGGAGAACAUGCCGAUGUUUAUUCGCUGUGGUAUCAUGGCACUGAUUGCAGCCUACCUAAACUUCCUCAGCCAAAUGAUUGCCAACCCUGCCUUCUGCCAGCAUGUCAGCAAGGUUAUUGAGUUGAGGAAUUUGGAUGCUCCCUACCUGCUACCUGAACAUGUGUUUCGAGAGAAAUGUGUGCUGCCUGUGACUCUGGAUCGUGAGGACAGUGCCAUGUAUUUUCAGACAGCUGAUCUUGCUGAUGCUCUUUCUGGUCCAGGAUACAAUGCAGAAAGACUUGCCGUGCCAUAUAUACCACAAGUUACAGAUGAAGACCGACUGACUCGGAGGAAGAGUUUUGUGGACACUAUCUCACUCCAGGUGGACAUCCUGUCCAACAGCCUUCCUGACCAGUCGCAGUUAGCAGAAGAGAUUACCUACGAGACUCUGAAGAAGGCCAUUGACACCACUGGCUUGGAAGAGCAGGAGAGAGAAAAGAGGCGGCAGGUGAUGGAGAAAUUCCAGAAAGCUCCGUUUGAGGAGAUUGCAGCCCAUUGCGAAUCAAAGGCGAACAUGCUGCAUGAUCGCUUGGCUCAGAUCUUUGAAUUGACUAUACGCCCGCCCCCAAGUCCUUCCGGCACAGUGACUGUGACUUCAGGCCACGCCCAGUACCAGUCUGUGCCUGUCUAUGAGAUGAAGUUUCCUGACCUCUGUGUCUACUGAGUCUGAAGCUCAACUGUAUCACAAUCACUCACCUUUAACCUUUGCCCUUUACAAGUUCACAACCACUCACCCUUGAUCUUUAUUACAUCCAUGCACCUUUACAUGCUUUGUGUUCACCUUUAAGCAGACCAGCACUGUAACCUUUGACCCUGAAAAUGUACUUAAUCCCAAGGACGAAUCUAUCACUUGCUUCUAAAGAGUUAGUGAAAUUCAGACCAAGAAAUCUGACCUGAGCACUGUAGAUCUCUGCAGCCCAUAACGCAAUAACGAAUUAUCCCAGUUACUAUCAGCAGCUAUGUAAUCAUUGUCAUUAUACACUAAUCAUGUAGGGUAGGGGAUGGUGUGCGUGGGCGUGUGUGUGUGUUCGUGUUCAGCUGCAUUGGGUCAGAGGUCUUUGUCUCAUCGUGAAUCACAGACUUGAAAAAAAUGUUUACAUGACUUAAUUCCUCUGAAACGUGCCCUUGAGACUCGGUACUCCUGUAUGACAUGAUGUUAGCAUGCAGGAAUCUCCUGUCUCUGAAUGUAUGACUGUUUGUUUGAGCCACAGUAGAACGUGACUCUGAGUGAAUGUUCACCGCAAUCCCUGCACUUGCCACAAGUUGCUUUGAGCACCUCAGAUUCAGGGAUGUGAACUGAUACCACAAAGUUUCAUAUAGAUCAGUGGUUUCUAGACUAUACAAACUUCCAGUCUUUCUUUAUUUGUCCCAAUUCCUAACACGCUUGAGCCAGCCACUUGAUUACUGAGCCCUGAAAUGUGGACUGGCUGAAUGUAUCUAUUUGAAAUGUCCUGAAACAUAUCAGUGCAUUUUAUUAUAUAUAAUUUUAUGAUGUAUGAAUACAGUUUGUUGCAUUUUUGGCUGGAUGUGCACUUUAUAGAUGCAAAUAAGAGCACAAACUGUGAUCGUGACAGUCUCGUCACUAAAGAGCCCCAAACAGACACGCUCAGAAUGGCUAUUUACAGCUUCUAAUCAAAUCCAGAGCUCGUGGAAAAACAUCCUGAAAAAUUUGGACCAUUGUUUUUCCGCACAUUUUUGCAGCUUGUAUUGUAAUUAGACUGCAAGACUUCUAUAUUCUUAUAGAUAUACUUGUAAUGUUAGGAUCAAAGUUUCAAAAUAUCAAGCAAGGUUCUUAGAGACUUUAUUCUUCUAGCUAAGCAAAUACAUGAGAGUAGAAUGUUGACGCUUCAAAUGUGACUGUUAAAAGCUUAAACACUAUGCUGUAAAUCUCUGAAAUCAUAUGCUGUAAAUGUAUUCCUUGGUGAGCUGCCCUUUUUUUUUUUUUUUUAAUCAUCGAAUGCUUUUAAUCUGCAGCUAUUAUCUCACUACUUUUGUGUAAUAGGGUUUAGGAGAUUUAGACAGAGUUUCUCGGGGCAGCACUUAAUGUUCUCAGUGGUGUCAGAGUAGUCUAAUCCAGAUCAUCUGAAAUCUUACUGUUCUGUUGGAUUGAUUUGCAAAUGAGCCAUGUGUGUAAAUGAGCAGUGUUAUGAAAGCUGUUCGCAUCCAAAUUAGACUGAAAAUUGGCCAGGAAAGCUGUUUACGUUGGCUGAAUUUGUAGCGUAAAAAGAUUGAGGAUGGUUUCAUUAAAGAUUGUUCAAGAAGUCAUUGCACAUUAAACCCAAUUAUAAUGAAUUAUGUUUGAUCCUACUACAACGAACGAACAAACAACAUUGUAAUGGUCCCCAUUUAUUGGACACUUCGAAAUGUUUAGAAGAAUAACUUGCAGGUGAAUUAAAUUGGCGUGAAGUAGAACGAACAUUUCCAACUACAAGUCCAGCACUUGGUUUGUUGGUGUUUUGUUCAUGUGAAGAUUUUGUCGCGUAGGAUUUUGGACAGGAUUUUUGAAGGUGAUGUGGUUGCAGCCUCACCGUGACAUGAACUGGAAUUGAUGUAAUCUUUGUCUUUGGGUAAGAUUUUCUGUGAAUCCCAUAUUCAUAAACACUAUUAAACCCAAAUAAAGGUCCAGUAAAAUGUUUUAUACCACAGCACUGGUGAAAUCUCAAAUUUGAUUUGUCAGGUUAGAUUUAUCUGGUUGAUUUGAUUUUCUAUAACGGCAUCCCUGACAGUAGUGUCAGCUGUAAUUCAGAUCACAAGUGUAUGUUCAUGCUUUAGUUCUAAUAAGUUAGUGUUUCUAUAGUAACCACUCGUAACUUGCAUAUAAUGGACAGUUCGCAUCAUCUAAGACUACCAGUAGCAGGAUUAAAUUACUGUAAUUAUUCAAAAUGGUGCAUCAUCACUGAUAUGGUAAAACAUUCUGUAAGCAGACAUUUAGUUAACAUUUAUGGAACGAGUCUCCAGUGUAACGGUCAGUACGUUUUCUUCCAUAGGAGAAUCUUGAGGCUGGAGGAGUUUACAAUUUCUAGUUUCUUGCUAAUAUGACAAGCUGCCCCCCUCUCUCCCCCCAUUUUUCUCUCAUUAACUUCAAGAGACAUUUGAAAUUCUUUAACACGUUAUGGUAUACAUAGGAGGAAUAACACUUCAGGGUAUGUAGUUAUUGGAAAAUGUAUUCUUCCAAAUUCUUUGGCUAUUUACCUAUUUAUUUGAUUAAUAAUUUUAUUAAAAAGCUAUUUUGUGAGAUAUUAGAAACGCAUUGUAGAUAUUUUAGGUUGGAAGUUUAUAUUCACAUGCACUGAUUUAUCAUUGUCUUGUUCAUAUUUUGGGAGAACAGCGAAACAGAAGUGUGUAAAAUGCAUAUAUUCUUGCUCCGUCCUACAAAAUAAUGUAUAUAUUUAGGAUUAAGAAUUAAUUAUAGUAAUUUACUGGAACUGUGCUAUGAAACAUUUAUUUAAAAAACUGUAUCUUACAAAGAAUUAUUACCAAAGAGUUUCAUUCAGUAUGAUAAUGAUGAAUAAGUGAAUAUGGGCUUCACAGACCAUGUUGUGGAUGGUUUAUGAUGGUGUAGUGACUCACUGGCCUUUCGUGUGUUUUGGUUCUCAGUCCACUGGACACCAUGCACAGCAUAUUUAGUGUUUUUCCUUUAUUCAUGCAGACAAGAUUUGACACUACCCCCCCCCCCCCCCCCACACACACACACACACACACCCUCCUGUACUGAACACAGUUCACUUGCUCUGCCCAUUUAUUCAUCCAUCCAUCAACAAAUUAUAUUCUUCUUCUGGAUGAUCUUUCACUUUAGAUUUUAAUCAUCACAUGGUUUAUUACUUGCUAAAUGUCAGGCGCAAAUAUUACCAUAUAUUAAAAAUACAGGCAAAUUUGUGCAACAUUUGCAAAUUAUAGGUCAAUAAUUCAAAGUGUGACAUUUUUUUCUUUUGUGUGAUCACAAGAGAAAAAUGGGAAUCUUUCUAGUGGUGCAAGACGAUGUAAGUUCUUCUCUGGACAUACCGGUACAGUGCCCUCCAUGAUUAUCGGCACCCUUUGUAAAGAUGAGUAAAGACAGUUAGAAAAAGUCUGCCUUUUGGUGAAGUAGCUUCAUCUCGCAUGUAAAAAAAAAAAAAAUCAGAAAAAUACAACCUUUUAAUUACAAUAAAUUUUUUCAGAGGAAAAACAAAUCCCUCAUCAAGAAAUAAUACUUUUCAAUAAAAACGGGCAACUCUUAUUGGCACCCCUGCAUUUAAUACUUUGUACAACCUCCCUUUGCCAGUAAAACAGCACCGAGUCUUCUAUAACAUUUUAUAAGGUUGGCGAUACAGAACAGGGUAUUUGAGACUUCCUCUUUACACAGUCUCUCUAGAUCAUCCAGGAUCUUAGGCCCUCUCUUGUGCACGCUCCAUUUUUUCUAUUUUUUUUUUUUCCAUCAGAACACAGUUCCAGUCAAAGUUGUAGUAGUGUUUCACAAACUUCAGGCACUUGCGUUUGUAGUUAACUGACAGAAAAGGCUUUUUUAUUUUUUUCCCUGGCAAACCUUCAGAAUAAUCUAUUGGUGUGGAGGUGACAUCUGAUGGUGGUUUUGGAGACUUGGGAAAACCCUAAGAUUUUACUUUUUCUUGUAAUUUACUAUUUGUAAUCCUUGGGGAAUUUUUUUGGCCUCUCUAACCCUCCUCUUCAGUGUACAUGGGGGAAAAAUAAACUUGGGUCCUCUUCCAGGUAAGUUUGUACCGUAACAGUUCCAGUUGGUGUCCACUUUUUUUUGUUUAUUAUUGCCCUAACAGUAGAAAGGGGCAUUUUCAGGUGAGUAGCUAUUUAUUUUAUAACCAUUCCCUGACUUAUGAAGGCCCACACACUUCUCCCUCAUUUGGUUUGUGUGUCUCUUUUAUCUUUCCCAUAUUGAUAGGUGACCCAAAGGAAUUUGGCCUCUCUGUGUGACCUCAUAUUUGUUCCCCAGUUAAUCAGGAAGUCAUGGAUUACAACUUGAAAUUUCCUACACACUCCAAUCAACUUGAAAAACAUUUUUAUAAUUUCAAUAGGAAACAUGCUUUGGUUACAUAGUGUUCACAAUAAUUUCCAAGGGUGCCAAUAAUAGUGGUACAUUUGUUUUUGUUAAAUAAUUAUUUCUUGAUGAGGGAUUUGAUUUUAUUUAAAUACAUUUAUUUCAGUUAAAGGUUGGAUUUUUUUUCUUUUCAUUUUUUUUCCAGUGUAAGAUGAAGCUAAUUCCCCAAAAUGUGGAUUUUUCCUAACCCAAUUUUACUCAUCUUUACAAGGGGUGCCAAUAAUCAUGGGGGGGCACUGGACAUAUAAAACUAUAAUACUGUUUUAAAUACUGUUUUAUUUAAUUUUUAAAUACAUUUUACAUCCUUUGGUUUUGGGAAUUUAAACAAGAUUUUAAUGCAACCCAAUUUAAUACAUCUGGAGUUUUUUGUUUUGGUUUUUUGUUGUUGUUUUAAUAUUGACAACAAAUACAAAAAUGAACAAAAACAAAAGCGCUAUACCAAACUUUUUUCAAACUACAAACAAGUAAAAUCAUGAACGAUAAAAGAUGCAUGACAGCAUAUGUAAUUUUGCAUUGUUUAUUUCAUGCAUUUUCACCUUUCACACUGGAUCUACACACCCUUCUGACCUAUCGACAUUUCUCUGUAUUAAUAAUUUAUGUAGGAGUGAAAACAUAAACUCAUCAGUUUAUGACAAAUUAUUAAUACAGAAAAAUGUCGAUAGGUAUGGUAAUGAGAACCAUCAUACAUAUCGACAGGCUGAGUGGUACAAUGUGGAAACUGUAGCUAUGACUUUGUGCAUGUAGGGAAAAGUCAUGAGGUGAAAAGUGCAGACGUGCCAGAGGCUGUUAUUGAUCUGAUUCUCCAGUUGAGUGAAUGAAGAGAUUUGUUGACCAGGUUAGUCUUUGACAGGAAGCUCACAGUCUUACUUUGCAGGAAAAGGUGAGCGGACAGGAAAUGAGCUUAUGGUCAUUAGACACCACUGACCUUUUUGGGGUAACGUGCUGCAUUACAGGCUAUUCCUUAACUUUUAUUCUGCUUCAUGAGCAACUAGAAAGAGUCCUUUAAUUAUACACAGAUGUUUGUAUUCAUAUGUUAUAGUCUGUAUUAAUGAUCUAUUUUGUAAACUUAGUGCAAUAUAUUUUGUCUUGAUAGGAAAUGUGUAUUUUUCAUGUGUAGUAACAAAGCUGUGUCUGUGGGUGUGUUGAGGUUGACUCACUCUUGCAUGCUGGUCUUUUAUAUUAUUAUAAUCAUUAGGCAGUGGGGGAAAAGUGUAAUUCUAUUGCCUCUAAGAAAUCCUACUCUUAUAAUUGUAGUGGCAAGAACAUUGCUGUUAUCUUGAACAGUAUAACAACUGUUGAGCCAACAGUGUAUUAUUGGCUUUUUGGGUUUUGGGGGUUCCCCCCCCUCGUUUUACUGGUACUUGAAGCGUUGCUUAGCAGUAGUACUGUUUUAACAUGUCUUUGUGAAGCCGUGCUUAUAUGUGCACUUUUAUAUUGUUACCUACAUCACUGAGUCCUUGACGGCAUUGAACAGUCAGUGGGACCACUGAAUGACCACACAGUGUUUAUCCUGAUAGGCAACCUUGAAUGUUCAGUCUGUUGACCUGUGUGCGUGUCUAUAUGUGCAUGUGAUAUGAUGAGCAAUGCAGCAUUCAGUAUGCACAAUCAUAAUUACCAGCUAUGGCGCUCACAUUUCAAUAUAAAUGUUUAUUCAUUAAAAAAAUAAUAAAAAAAUUUAAGACGCUAUAGACUUUGCCAAAUUUCUGUCUAGCAGGGGACUUGAUGCUCAACCACUUUCCUGUGCGCAGCAAGAUCAAACAAUAUUAAUAAAGAUUUUAUAUUCAAAGCA